AAAUUUUCUAAUCUCGAUUUUUCCAAUAAUGGGCUUCUGUUCGUCCACUCCAGAGGACGCUGAGGCCAAGCGCCGCAGCAGCGAGAUCGAAAACCAGCUGAAGCGUGAUGCUCGCGACUAUCGCAAGGAAGUCAAGCUGCUUCUUCUUGGCGCUGGCGAGUCGGGCAAGAGCACCAUCGUCAAACAGAUGCGUAUCAUCCACGGCGAGGGUUACUCUGCCAAGGACUGCGCAGAGUUCAAAAACAUCAUCUACGACAACAUUGUCAAGUCUAUGCAAACGCUUGUGAUUCAAGCCGAAAAGUUUGAGCUGCCCCUACAACAUCCGGAGCUGGCUGACAAGCUCAAAGAGUACGAAGGCCAGCAACAGGUUCUGUUUGAAGAAUACGCCGACAGCGUGACCCAGCUGUGGGCCGAUCCCUCGAUUCAAGAAACGUUCGACCGAAAACGACAGUUCCAGUUGAACGACUCUGCCAAAUACUACUUUGACGACCUUCCUCGAAUCUCAAGCGCCGAUUAUGUCCCCAACGAGCAGGACGUACUCCGAUCGCGUGUUGCCACGACCGGCAUCAUUGAAUACAAGUUCACCUUGGGGACAUCGGUUUUCCGAAUGGUUGACGUCGGUGGCCAGCGAUCAGAGCGUCGCAAGUGGAUUCACUGCUUUGAAGGCGUCACUUCGAUCGUAUUUGUCAUUGAAUCCAGUGGCUACGAUCAAGUGCUGUUCGAGGACGAGAACACGAACCGCAUGCAAGAGGCACUAACCCUGUUUGACACGAUCGUCAACUACAAGUGGUUUGAGAACACUUCCAUGAUUCUCUUCCUCAACAAGAUGGACAUUCUCGCCGAAAAGCUCCCCAAGAGCGACAUUUCCAAAUACUUUUCGGAUUACAAGGGCUCACCAACUGACGUCGAAGCUGUUAAGGAAUUCAUCCGUCACUUGUUUGUCGAGAAGAACCGUAAUCCCUCCAAGCAGAUUUAUCCCCAUUACACGACCGCAACAGACACAAACAACAUUCGCUUUGUGUUUGCCGCCGUUCGAGACACUAUUCUGCAAACCAACCUUACCAACUAUGGGUUGGUGUAAAACUUUUUUUUUCCUUCCUUUUUCGUUUUCAUUUUUUUUUUUAUUUGUACCGUCCUUGUUCUUGUUUUCCUCUCUCUCUUUUCCAACUUUCCUGUCCAUGCCUUGUUAUGCGCUCUUUGACAUUGUUUUCACCACUGUCACACUUCUCUCACAAAUCCUACACAGCCUUUUUUCUUUCUUUCCUUUGCUGGUCCGGUCGGCAUUCUCCAUGUGAUGACUCGAUCUUCCGCUUGCGAUUUGUCCUGGCGUCAUUAUCGCAAACAGCAAUUUCCCUCACCUCCCCUGUUUUCCCCGCAUGUUGUAUUCGCUUGAUUCUUGGCUGGAUGCUCUACUCGCCCUGGAAGUCUUGCGUUUUCAGUCGUUGCCCGUUCGACCGACCGUUUCCUCUUCAGAAAUCCUUCUUUUCUGCUUUUCUGGUUCCACACCAUGACUGUUUCUCCUCUUUUUGUUGAUGUUUUUUGUUCUUGUUCUUGUUGUUGUCGAUUGUUUCAGCGCCCUCCCUAUUUGUUGUGCUCAAUGCGUAUUUUCAAAUCCUGCA